AUGAAUAUGCAAUUAACGAGCAAAGCAAACAAUCUAAUUGUGUUCCUUUUAUUUAGUCUAGGCUUUCUUAAGGCAUCAUCUCAAACUACGAGCUUUGACAAUCAACAAGUUUUUCCAUGUGAUUAUUAUUCCUUCAGUCCAUCUAAUGGCAUUGCAUACUUUAUCAUGAUCGACCCAAAUAGCCCAAGGAUUCAUAUUAGCAUUGCUAUUAAGAAGCUCCAUUCUACUACAUCAACUAGCGAUAAGCACCUCAACUGUCUUUUAGAAGCACUUCUCAGAGAUAAGCUAGUUCCCGAAAAUAAUAGCUAUUGGGACCAAGAAUCUCUAGCUCAACCUAAUAACUAUCAGAUCACAGCUGGCAAUCAGUUCGUUAUUAUCGAGUUUUUCUUAGGUUGCAUAUUUCACAUGGUCCCCUUCGACCUCCUAAAAUCAGUUAUUAUACCCCCACCGAAUGCAGAGAGAAUAAUCAAAAUCAAAGACGAAUGCUUUCCAAACCAUCCACAAAAUUCAUCAGAACCUCUUCCUUCCAAGGAUCAACUCAUUAAGGAAUGGAACGCCAUGUUUUGCCCCUCGAAUAUUCGGCUGGCAAUUGUUACCCCUGUGAAACCAAUCUUUACAAUAAUGGACUUUCUGUUCAACUAUCGCCAUUCAGAGGACAUACAAAGAAAUCCCUGCAUGACCCCACUUGACAAGACCAUUCCAGAAAGCUUACAUACUCCACCCCAACUAUGGAUACAGCCUAAUAAGUCCUCAACUUCACCCAAGCACACAACAAUUACCCUUUUUAUUCCACUUCUCAGUGAUAUCAGAAGCAAAAGUAUGUAUCUGUUCUCCGACUUAUACCAUUUAUUCUUCCGGUACAACAAAAUAUACGCCGAUUGUUUUCAAAAGAACAUCCUUAAUGAUAACACCCAAAUCAAGCGUGUAUCAAUAAACACUCAGGAGAAAACACUGGGCAUGCGUAUCACCAUAGAAAUACACAAUAAGAAUUUCGUGAUUGCUGAUGCAUUGAAUCUAGUGGAUAGUUUCUUUCUAGCCAUCAAGGAGCAUUAUAAGCGCACAAACCCAACUCAAUCUCAGCACUCUGAAGAGAUCCUAUGUUGUUCAUCAACAACAGAUAUGGGCAUACUAUUACAUUCUCUUGCCAAUCUACUCUCAGUCCACAUGUUCUUUGUUGAGUCCACUGACAUCAUUAGGUUCAUCUCGGCGCCCACCCCACACCUCAAUGAGAUUUACAACCUAAACAACCUACUUGAAAGCGCAAUGCAACGAGAGAAUUGGCAGAUUAGUGGAGACCUCACCCAUGCACACCAGAGCCAAUUGCCAAUCCAAUGCCCUGUCACAGUCCCAACCUGUAUAGUGAUACCAGAAGCCACUACCCAAACCAACCAAAUCAAAGAUCACAUACACCAUAUCGAUCCCAUUACCCGAUUGGGCCAAGCCCAAAAUGCUACUUUAGCUGAUCAGCAGUCCGGCCCUUCCUAUGGCAACACUAUCUUUCAACCACAAGAUAGCACCUCAUGUGCCGUUAACGCCUCCCAAGAGCCCAAUCACAUCACAAACCCAGGCAUCGCUCUCGAAAGUAAAGUUUCACAAGUCAAACCUGAUGGCGUCUUUGUAACCCAUUACGAAGAGCCAGGCCUUGAGGCAUACUUGUUCAAGAGCCCUCGACCCAAAAGCUAUUCAACAGCUACUGUUGUGCUCGUUACCAAAGACUACCUUGUUGACAUUAAAACCUAUGUUUGGCACGUCGCUCACGUAUUAACAGUAUUAGAAGAAGCGAAAGUUAAUCACAUGAAUACCGUCAAGAAGGUAGAUACUCUUCUCGAGGCUGAGGUUUGUGAGGAUGGACGUAUCGUUGUUGUUGCCCGUGGACCAAGUGCUGAAGUCAUCCAGGUACUCCAGCAGUUCUUCUUAUUCUAUAAAACCUACCGCCACACCAUCACCAAGGUGUCUAAGGCUAUGCUUAGGGCAUUCGAAUUCUUUAAGAAAGAAUUCUACCGACGGGCAUCAACUGGGACAAAAUACCUGUUCCCAUCUGUUUGGCGGUUUCCUCUAUAUUCAUCUGUCCAAUGUUGCGACUACAUUAGAGAGAAAACGACUUCCUUUGUUACUCCGAUCGUUUAUACAGCUCUAAUCAAUAUAAGAGUUGACGACGCACUAAUUGAUGAUCUCACAUCAGUAAUUGAUCUAGUCAAACGGUCCAUUACCCCCGAGCCGCACACUAGGUACAAGCUAAUUAGCAACCACAUCGCAAGUGCGUCUGAACCAUUAGAGUCAACAGAGGUUUCGGGUCUUGUUGGGUACUUCCAUAUUGAUCCUAUGUCCAAAUUAGGCGUAACUAACUAUCACAUGCUGGCCUACUAUUUAUUGUUUCUGCAAGCGUCACCAAUCAACCUCACUAACCAGACCAUUGCCAAAAAAGUCCAAGAUUGGCUAGAUGCUCGUAAGCCCCAACCAUCACCUAAUGAACCAGCAGGUCCGAAUUCGGAACACUCUAACCUGAACUUAGAUAGCCAGAUUUUCAAAAACAUGGAGGGUAAUCUUAUCUUCUUUGACGACACCAUUAUUCUAACUUUUAAGCUCAAAGGCCGAUACAGCCUGGCGGAGUUUUCGAAUGCAAUUACAGCCUAUCACAACUACUUAACCUGUUUGUUUAACCGUCUCACCCCAGCACAGUUCAAAGACCUCAAAGAGAAAGUACAGCGUCAAUUCACCAAUACCAACCGGAGUAACAGUAUAUUCGAAGAUAAACCCUUACACUUCCUUUGCAACGACUUUUGGCGAAGAUUCGACUAUAAGAGAACGUUCACCGAUCUUCUCAACAAAAUAACUUUAGAUCAAGUCCGAGAUUUUGUCAUAUCUCAUUGUAAAGACCCUCUUAUCGCCAUACCUAAGGCCUCUCAACUAUUCUCGCCGGACCAGCCUCAUACUGACAAGCAACCACCAACUCAGCCUAAAUCCAGCAAAAGGAGAACAACAACCACCCCGCUAGAUAGCCUUGGUUCUGAUUACGCUUUUAAAAGGCACAAUCGAAACCAAAACGAUCUACCCACGAAAUAA